CUUUCAAGGGCGAAAGGCGGCAAGCCUUCAAAUAUGUUUGUACUGUUGUUUCCUGUUUACAUUUUGUUGCUUUUCUAUGAGAAUGUUUAUUUUGCAUAAUACUAUCGAGAGUAGACUUCUCUAGGUUAUUUACAGGAAAAAGAUAUUUUUAAAAAUAGUAAUACAUUCACAUUGUCCAGAAACCUAGUUGUAUAUAAAACUGCUUUCAAAAUAAUUCGCAUAAACUCAUACAAAAGCUAUUCAAAUCUUUAAAAAUUUGACUAUGGGAAGACACCAUUGUUUCAAUUAUGUUUCACCUAGGCAAGUAUGAAGCAUUUCCAAUUACUCCAGGUUCACCAGUUAAAACGUGAUUAUCUAGAUAGUCUAUUUGUGUCACUAGGAAAAAUGAAAAUCUACUGCUUAAUUCCUACGGUAGGUGUACCUAUGGCUAUAGUCAUUUUCAUUGAAAUGACCACAAGUUUGAAACUUCGAUUAAAAAGGGAGAUUUUACCAACGGUUAUGGAUCAUAUUCUAGUUAAAUAUUUGUCCGGCAAAUGAUCAGAUAUAACAAUGUGAAUACAUAUAAUAAAUGCAGGAUAUAUGGAGUGAAUUGCCUGUUUCAGAUGUGACAAAAUUGUAAUUAUACUAUGUAGCAUCACAUAGAAUUCGAAAAUGUUUUGACAUAAAUAGUUUCACCGUAUCAUUGGAUAUGCACGCAGAUUAUGACAUACUUUAUUUUUUGAAGUCGUAAAAAACAACUAUUAUAACCAAUAACAGUUUGCAGAAAAUGAAGUUGUGCCUUAUUAAAUUGUUGUGAAGUAGAAUUUAGAGAACUAUACAGAGUAUGAAACAUAUUGCGCCUAUUCCUAAUAACUUGUCCAAAAGCAUACUUGUAGCUUUUAUACUAUAGAUAACCUACACAAAUUUUGAUGAAACUCGAUUUCUUGGACAAUAAUUUUGAUAUUUGAGUUCGCAACUUCACAUCAUAAUAUUACCUCAUUAUAAGUAAGGUGCACGACAGGAGUUAUUUACAUCAUCAUUUACUACUAAACUGGUUUAUAGGUAAAUUGUUUUCUUUCAGAGAUUUCGGUUAACUGAUCUUGCCAGAUAUAUUGAUCGAAUAAUUUUGUAUACUUGAAUUUUCUAACCUAUUAGAAGUAUUGGCUAUUCGAUGUUAUCAGUGCGAUAGUAAUGAAGAUGAUUCGUGUCCAGCCGGAAGAUUUUUCGAUACUAGACUUAAUGCAAUGAUAGAUUGUGGUAGUUUUUUAUCACAUUCACCUGGAACAUUUUGUGUAAAAAUUUAUCAAGAAAGCACUGGUUGGCAUUCAUGGAUAAAAGUCACACGAACUUGUGGUGCACGAACUGACUAUGGUUUAGCCUGGAGCUGUCGUUAUUGGUUUGAAGCACAAGGUGUUUACAAAGAAGUCUGCUACUGCCAAGACAGAGAUGGUUGUAAUAAAGCCACAACACUAUUCAUGAAUAACAAAGUUAUUUUACUCUUUACACUAUUUUUAUGUUUUAUUUUAUCAACGAAAUCGAUUUUUUUGUAAAUAACCGUUUAUUAAGCUAUUCAAACUUUAUAUUGUAUAUCAUUUGGCUUUUAGGUUACUGUAGAGAUUUCAAUUUCUUAGACUUCAAAACAUUUAAUAUAUGUGUAAAAACUGUAAAUCAGUUGAUAGAGUUGUAAAAUUUCAUCAGCUGAUGAAUUUAAGAUAUAUGCUAUACAUAUUCAACCACUAGAUCCAUUAACAUACUUUGCCGAAAACCAUGAAAAUAGGUUUUUAAAAGGAUUCAUAUAGUCAUAUCAGAAUAUGUUAUUAGCUCAUGAAGUUAUUGAAUCUAGAUAUGAAAUUUCAUUAUAGAAUGCUACGGAGUUUUUUGAAUCUGAAAUUUCACACCACGUAUUAAAUUUGGUUGGACAACCAUUAAAAACCUCAAAGAAACUUGACAGAUGUUUCAUCUAAAUUUGGGACUUCGUAACAGUGAAGUCAUGCUCAUUCCAAUGUUCGAAUCCAACAACUUCAGGUAUCGCAGGGAGCGCCUAACUUCUCAUUGGUUCACAUUCCUAAUAACAAUCAAUUUAUAUUAUUACUUGAUUGUCAUUAAAUGUAAUUAUUUAUCUCAUACCUGACGUCGGAAAACUUCAUCGAUUACUUCAGCAAUUUUCUAUUAACGCUAUACAUUUAUCAUCACAUGACAAUCGUUGUUAUUGUGUUGCGGUGAUUUUGAAUGUAACAACUGUGAUAUAUCGUCAAUGGCGAUGAUUGAACACUUAAAACUUCGCGGAUAAUCUCGGCUAACAUUUCAUUAUUGGAUGGUUGAAUUUCAUAAUUUGAUCACAAUGUAAACAUUUCAAAUUUAACAAGAAAAUGAAUUCAAUACCUGUAUUUGAGAAUACUUUAUUUCAUGGGGUUCGACCUACUGAAGAAAAGAUAACUGGUUUGAAAUACUGAAAAAACAUAAAAAUUGAUGAUUAUUCAGUUUAUGUUAUCUGUCUAUUUAUUGUUGUCAUGUCUUCCGGGCUAGAAAAAUAACAUAACACACCCAACAUGCUCAUCACAAGCUAGAAAUAUUAUCCAUGGUCUCCAACUUGUUUACUAAAUACACGAACUGGUCUAUGGUGAAACGUUGGUUUCACAAUAUUCAAAUCAUAGAAAUUUGAGGCUUUUCCUAGAAUUCCAUUAUUCUGCCUGUUUUGAAAAGCGUUAUCUACUUGGAAAAAGCUGUUGGUAAGGUCGUAAUUUAUGGACGAACCAGUCCCUAGACCUUAGCGCAAAAUUUAUCUAUUCAUAUGACUGAAUAACAUUUCGACACUAUAUAUGUCAGUUCACAGUGAAAAGUCUAACUCUAAUUCUUAACACUAACGUCUAACUUGAAAUCAUAAUCCUAGCUCCACACACUAAAUUGCAGCCUUCUCUUGACCCCAAUAAACAGGUG